CAAUCUUUCUUGACCUAAUCAAAAAUUCCUGCCAACAUUUGACAAAUUUCCCAUAUCCCGCGACUAGGCAGCAAACCCCUUGCAAAACCUCAAUCACAAGUACGAAAAAGCAUCCCCGAUCCCAUUUGCGAAAACUCGGCCUAAUCAACCACAUAGAUUGCAAAAAUGGAGUCUUCUAAGCAGCCCGUCAAGCUUGUCAAGGUCACCCGCGUCCUGGGCCGAACCGGUUCUCGCGGUGGUGUUACCCAAGUCCGUGUCGAAUUCAUGGACGACCAGACCCGAAGCAUCAUCCGAAAUGUCAAGGGACCCGUUCGUGAGGACGACAUCCUCUGCCUACUCGAGUCCGAGCGUGAGGCCCGACGAUUACGAUAAAAGAAUGGGAUUUUCCUUUGGGAGGAGUUGCGAGCAGGAGGAUCGGGAUUUUAUUGCUAGUUUAAGAUCUCAAGACUAGGUUACCUAAGGUACGGUCGAAGAUCAGUGGCAUCAUACAGGAUUCGCGGUCAAGAUUCCUUUUGUUAACAGGAGUCGCCGGAUUAUGAUGGGCAUUCUGCAUUGCGAAUAAAGCAAGAAUUCAUACCCCGACCAUUUCGACAAUUGUCAUUACAUCUCUGGCGUGAUACGGCUAUAUUUGAUUGUCUACGAAUUGACAUUUCUCAUUUCCGCUGCCCAACGUGUUCCAU